AUGUGGCCGUGUCCUCCCAGAUGUGUCCCCCCCGCUCCCCAGCUGUCACCACCAGGGGGGGCAGGAGGGGUCCCGUCCCACCCGGAGCCCCCCCAGCAGGGUCCAGGUGAGAGCGAGUACUCGGAGCCCUUCGAGGGGGAGCAGGAGCCGGCGCCCGAGGGCUGCGACGAGGAGGCCACAGGUGGGGGACACCCCCCGGAUGCGGGGGACACCCCUCACAGGUGGGUGACACCCCCCGGAUGGGCGGGGACAGCCCGGGGGGGGCCCCGGGCCGCCAGAGCCGCCUCCCCCGCGAUGACGAGCGCCCUGCCGACGAGUACGACCAGCCCUGGGAGUGGAAGAAGGAUCACAUCUCUCGGGCGUUCGCAGGUGACAGCGUCCCCCGGCGCCACCCGCAGCUCCCGGGGGCCCCCCCGGCCGGGCUGUCCCCCCAGCCCCCGGCACGUGGACACCUCGCUGCCCCUGGAGAAGCAGGCGUGGUACCACGGCCCCAUCGGGCGGGCGGGCGCCGAGACGCUGCUGGCGCUGUGCCGCGAGGGCAGCUUCCUGGUGCGGGACUGCGAGACCAGCCCCGAGGACUACUCGCUGUCCCUCAGGGGGCACUACACGGCGCGGGCGCUGCCCGUGCGCGGUGCCCGCCACCUGUCCCUGCUCUACCCCGUGGCCGUGCAGCCCCUGUGA